UGCGGUCGUUAGCGGGGAGAGGAGGCGAUGGCAGACGACGAUCAGUUCCUGCAGUUUUGUGAUGUCAUCGAGAGAGUAUGUCACGAGAUAUCGGCAACGGAUGUCUCCUCUUCCCUCCGGUGCUCCCCAUCUGCCCUACCCGAUGAUACUCUUGCUGAAUUGCACGAGAUCUUCUCUCGUGUGCCUGGCCCUCAUCUGCGGUCUGUGGGUUCUCAGAGCUGCCGCCAUAGCCAAAGCUUGGGGGGAGGCUGCACUGCCCGCGUAUCGCGGAUACCGGAUGGGAGACUGUGGGCAGAGGUGGCUUCUCGCGGCGUACGUGUCACGCAGCUUGUGAAAGCUCUUUCCGCAACCUUGGACAGUGCGUUGUCAGGCGAGGGGGUUGGAGGGAGCUCAUCAGCAAAGGGAGGUAGGCGAUGGCGAGGGGCACUGCUUGCAGGGUCGAUCUAUCUUGGCAUGCUUCUGUCUCCCGAAUGUCCCAUCUACAGUAUAUUCGAUUCUUUGACCUUCUCGCAUAUUUUGAGCUACAUCCGCCAUCGCUGCCGUGCAAGCGGGGAAGCUGACGCAAUCGGAAGCCCAGAAGGAGGAGGAGGGAACGGCGACGAGGCACAGAAGAAGAAGGAAGGAAGCGGAAGGCCCCAGGGAAAUGGGAAGAAGAAGGGAGGAGGGGGACGUGGGAGAGGCGCCCUCCGCAGAGGAAAAGUGCCGAAUGGGGAAGAUAGCGAUGAUGACGAUGAUUUUAAUCUCGGCGACAUGGCUGGCGACGCUGCGUCGUCGCCGGGGUGUCCAGAGACGCGCGUCGAUUUCUCGUCGGCCGUCCUGGACUUGCUGGAAGAUACCCGAUGCCUCUUAGACAUCCUCUCUUUGAAGGAGAGGAGCGAUACGCUGAGGGCCGUCGUCGAGUCCGUGAUUGAAAUAUCCCGCUUUUCCUUACCUGGUGGGGAUGGCUUGGGAACACGGGGAGGGAGUGGUCCUCAAGGUGCUGCUAGGGUGCAGCAGGCUGCCCGCUCCGCGCGGGCUCUUCCCUCCCGCUCUUUGCAGAGUCUCACGUAUUCCAUCCUGCUGCGACUGAUCACAGACCUUCACGGGAGCGUUCGCGAAAAUUCCUGCUUUAUCCUCUGGGCGCUUACGCCGAACUUACUGCUGACUUACAAGGAGGGAAACCUGGAACGCAACGCUGUCAGAUCAAGAGCUAUGGAGUUCGUUAUCAAGGAGGUCUUGCAAGCAGGCUCGUCACAGGCUCGGUGCUCCGUGCCACUGUUGGCUCAGUACCUGUGUCUGAAGGCCCCGGAGCGGGCGGAGUUGCGGAUGUUGGCCGUACAAUGCAUAGUGGAGGUGGUAAAGAGCUUGGGAAGGCAAGGUUGGGGCGACUUCGGGAGGUUUCUGUGGCGGUUAUCACACAAUGAGAAGCCCUCUCUCCGUCUCCUAGCCGUUGAUCUAUCACUCGAGCUUUUAAUAAAGCUUCCUGACCCUAUGGGGGUGAAGGAAGAGAGGAGCGAAGAGGAGGUGGAAGACAAAGAGGUAGAGGAGGAAGGGAAGGAGAAAGACGGAGGGGAGGAGAAAGAGAAGCAGCGGGACGAGAAGGAAGAAGGGAAGGAGGAGGAAGCGCGACAGUCGGACGCUGAAGAGGGGAGGGAGAGAGGGGACGGCGAUGGCGCGAGCAGCCCUUCGGUUUCGUGUGCGGAAGAAAGGGAGAAGAAGCGGUGUGAAAAAGACAAGAGAAAGACUGACAGAAGGUGGGCUUUCCGCUGCUUGGAAAUCUUGGUGUCACGUGGCUCGGACAAGGCGCCUGGGAUUCGUGGUAAAUCCCUGACGAAUCUCGCCGUCGCUGUCGGAGAGAUUUGUAAGGAUGAAGAAUCGAGGAGCUUGUUGCUGCCUGCGUUCGGACUUGCGAGCCCUUCUGUUGGGCAGAGGAGGGGAGAGGAGAAGGAAGACGGCCUGCAGCCGAGACGCCGAAGGCGCAGCGGGAAAGCAGAUAUGACUGAAGACGAGAGCUCAUCCGCUGCAGAACAAACAGAGGAGGCAGCUCCUCAGACCGAAAGGCCGACUCUGAGUCCGGAAGCGCGGAACCUGGAGAAGCUGGUUCGGUGCAGGUCCCGGGACGACAAACCCGUAGUCAGAAAAGCCGCCCUUGCGCUGAUGGAGAGACUAGCGAGGCUCAUGGGACGGCCACCAGAUGCUGAGGACCUAUGCGCGCUGGGCUCCGCCUGCGCCGAUGCAAUGGUCAGCGUCCGAAAGUCGGCUAUGGCAGCCCUUUCAGAGGUUGCACGAGCGUUCUCCGAUGAGCAGGGGGUGAUUGAUGAAUGGCUCCGGGCAAUACUUCCUCUGUCCUUGGAUAAUGAAAGCUCUGUACAAGAUAAGUGCAUCGAGGUCUUUGAGGAGCUAGUGCUCGAUCGAAUUGCGGAUGCAUCUGCUCUUCUGGGCAAGCUAAUGCGUGGGAGAAGGAACAGGGAGGUAAGCACAGUCGAUGGUAAGAAUGAUUGGAUGGACGUGGUGACGGCCUUUCCGAGCGGUGUGCUAACUGUCCUCAAAGGCAUAUCUUACGGAGGAACCUUGAAUGCAUGCGUGCAUAGGAUUGUUCUGAUGAUAUCGAAGAAGCGAAAGAUCCGCCCGGCGGUCGCUACGGCAUUGCAGACGGUUAUUGCUGCGGCGGAGUGGGGGGCAACCUCUGUAACGGUAGGAGGGGAGGAGGCGAGGGAGGGGGAGAAUCUGGAGAGGGAGGCAGGGCCGGCCAGGAAAGGAUUGGCUCCUCCAGGGGCAUGGCUUCUCCUUUCUGAGAUAUCUGCGUACGUUCCAGAAGCGAUCAGUUGGGAAUUCUUGCGGAGUAGGUGGGUAACACCGGAGAAUCAUACGGAUCCCAACAACAAUAAAAAGCGGACAACAGGCGAAGUCGAUGAAGGUGAAGGGAACGAGGAGGAGGAGGAGGAGGAGGAGGGAGUGAUGGAAACGCAGGAAUGGCAGAAGAGCGGCGGAGGGGCUCGACGUGGAGGCAAUAACACUCGGGGUGCUAGAGGGCUGCCAGCUGGAGAAAAGGUUGGUGAGGGGGGAUGCUCCUCCCAGUGGUUGGAAGAUCGAGUGUAUUUGCUGAAGACAAUAGCAAAUCUGUCAAUGCGGUUUCCGAAAGAUGCAGCGUUAGACCUCUCCAACGAUUUGAUGGAGAACUUGUCCUCUUUUACCCUUCAGCCUGCAGAGGUUACUGCACACAUCGAGGCAUUAGCCACCUUAUGGAAUCAUAAUGCCCAGAGUAGUGUGAGGGCAGAGACUCCGGAAUGGGUCACUAUCCUGAUGAAAGACGCGUGUAAACUGCUGGAGGCAUACCUGAGGGUCGGCGGAGGGACGGCAAGGAGCCAUAUGGGUUGGACACAGCAAACUGGGAAGAGUCAGGUCAGCCAGGCUUUCACCCCUGAUAAUUGCACCCCUGGCAAUGGCACCCCUGGUGACGAAUCAUUGCCGGGAGACGACAACAGAGCAUGCGAGCUUGAUGAAGAACAGCUGGAAAAGAGGAUUCCGAAUGCGUUGUUCACGAUAGGUGAGCUGGUGAUGCUGCAUGGGGAAUGCUUGACAGCGCAGGCGGUGACUUUCACGCAGGCCUUGGUUGGACGAGCGCAUCCCGGGGCAUCAGGUUCACCUGUAAACUGUUCUGGAGUGACGAGUGUUUCAUCGAGGGGAGACGGUGGAGGUCGCGCGCUGGAGGUUCCUUUGCAUGCGCAAGCCAUCGCAUGGGUUACUCUCGCAAAGAUGUGUCUGGUGGAUGAGAAACUGGCAAAGAAGUGCAUUCCUCUUUUCGCUCAGGAACUGGAAAAGUCCAACUGCGCUGCUGUGAGGAAUAACAUCAUGGUAGCCAUGUCAGACCUUUGCAUGCGGUAUACGGCACUUGUUGACAGCUAUGUAAAGUGCAUGACGUGCUCUCUGAAAGAUCCGUGUGAGAUUGUGCGACGACAAUCUAUGUUGCUCCUUGCUGGCCUUCUUCGAAAAGACUACCUGAAAUGGCGAGGACCCAUGUUCCAUCGUUUCCUUGUCACCUUGGUUGACGAUUCCUCAGCGAUUCAUGAGCUGUCGACGUAUAUUUUCAAGCAUUCUGUCGCUGUGAAUAAUCCGUUGCUAGCAUACAAUCAUUUUGUGGAGGCCAUGUUCUUGUUGAAUGACUGCCGGAUGCAUCGCGGACUUGAGUCAAGUGGGAGUGUGUGCGAUUGGGAGAGACAGAUGUUUUCCCUCAGUGGAAAUGAUGCAGGUAUGUUGUCCAAGCGUAUGGAUAUCUACACAACUCUGCUCCAGGGAAUGACUCCAGAGUACAAGUUUGCAACAGUUGCCAAACUUUGCACUGAAAUCCUUGGGGCAGUUGUCGAGGGCCAUAUUGAUCUUCAGGAGUGUUACGGGGUUGUUUCAGAUGCUCUCCGGGUUCUUGGCAGCAAGGAUGUGAAGGUCUCCACUGCCAAAGGAGGAGCAGCAGGAGGAGCAGAGGAUUGUUUUGGUGAGGAUGAGGGUGGGUCCAGUGCAGCAGGAGCCGCUGCUGCUGCAAAGGGCAAGUUUGUCACCCAGAUGAUGAAGAAGAACCUGAUGGAGAAUGCCAUCCCGAUGAUGAUAGAGCUGAAGCGAUUGCUGGAGAGUAAUAGGAGUGCACUCCUGGGGCCUCUUAUGGAAUGCAUUCGGAAUAUUCUUAAGGACUACAAGAAUGAGGUUGAAGAUAUUCUUGCUGUGGACAAGCAGCUUGCAAGAGAGAUAAUGUUCGACAUUCGGCAACAAGAUGCAGAAGAGGCCCGAGAAGCUAUACACACUGGUGUGGCUGUGCCAAGGACCCAGGCACCUGGAGGAGUGGGACCACUAUUUUCUCCAUGCGCAAGGCCCAUGAUGUCUCCUGGUGCAGGAAGGACAAGUGCUGCUGACCGACCAGUCUUCCUCACUCCUAGGCAACCAAACCACCCGAGCAAGGCACCUGUCAGUGGUCGUGCUCGGCCCGACUUUGUCAGUGAUAGACCUGCUCAUCAAAAGCCUUCAACGCCUCUGGUAGCUUCCCCAUUCAUACAAAGGGCUGGCAAAGGCCUUGUCCCAGCAAGUAACGAAAAGGGUAAUGCUGGUCCAUCUUUGCGUAGGCGGCAUGUGACGUCAAAUGCUCCACUGGCAAUCUUCUCGCCACAGUCAAAAGAUGCUAAUGGAAAUGGAGGAAGAGCCACAAGGCGGUCAUUACGAGGUGUUAUGUCACCACUCUCACCCAAACGAGGAGUAGGAUUCCAAUCCCCUAGACUGAGGGAUGCAAGGCAGGUUGGUGAAGCAGAAAGGGACACCCCUGCUGUUAGAGAGAUGGCAUCAAAUGGAAGGAGACAGUACCAGAGCAGAAUUUUGCCCACCACGAGUGAAGCUCAGAGGAAUGCAGUGGCAGAAGAACAAGCGGUUGCAACUGUGGCAGCUGUCCUGUCAGCUGCACAAGACAACGGAAAGGAUCAAAGGCUGCGAAAGGGUUUGGACGAUGUGGCAAAGGUUCUCGAUGUCGACGCUGAGGUGAUGGUUUGCUCACCAAUCCUGGAUCGUUGCACUCGUGGAAAGCAGCAGGGCAAUAGAAACCAGGAGGGGAAGAAAAGGACACAUGCAAAUCCACUGGGUACAGCAAAUGGGCAACUGUCAGAGAAGCCAUCACAGGUAUGGUUAAGAAAACAGGAACACAGCCAGAAAAGAAAACAAAAAUGAAGUAUAUGGCACAGUGUUGCUCUGUAUGUUGAGUUGAUGCAACCUGACAAAACUAUCUUAUUCUUUUACCCAGCAACCCUGCUGGGCCACGACCACCUAACUAAAAAUAUGCAAGUACUCUCUCUCUCUCUCUCUCUCUCUCUCUCUCUCUCUCUCUCUCUCUCUCUCUCUCUCUCUCUCUCUCUCUCUCUCUCUCUCUCACACUCACACACACACUGUGGCAACUCGCAGGAGCGACCUGCAGCGCUUUGAUCGAUUGCGAAGUCCGCAAUCAAUCAAAGCGCUGCAGUGUC